CUGACUUGAUUUGCUUUGGUUACCUAUGUUCUUUGUGAAGUGCUCCUUGUGACGUCUCGAUUUUUAUCGACUGGUUCGUGCAUAAACACAAAGGAUCAUAAAGAGCUGUUAAUAGACAUGGAAUUUAAACGGAGGUGAAAGAGUGUCAUUACAUAAAUGCAACAUAGAUGUCAUUUUAUGACGUGAAAUUUAACAUGGAAUAAAUAUUUUUUAAUACAAUUCAAAAUGUGAUAUUAAAGCAAUAUUUAUUUAUCUUCUUGCAGUUUUAAAAAAGUGCGUUAUACGUUAUGGGAUGUCUUAUGACUAUCGGUAGGAUAUUUCUUAUCGUUACCAACAUCAUAUUUUUGUUGAUAGGCCUCGUUCUGCUUGUCGUUGGACUUAUUGCAAAGUUCGGUGAAAGUCUGUUUAAGAGUUAUUAUGAAAGCAUUAUAGCAAGUUUAGAAGAUUCACUGUCCAAAGCUGGAUACGGUGAUGUUACAUUGGACUUCAGCUUAUCGGAACUUGCUGGAAGUCUCCCAAUAGCUUUAAUAGUAUCUGGAGUUAUAAUCGUCAUCAUUACCUUUGUAGCAGUUAUUGGAGCUGUUAAGAAAGCUAAAUGUCUUCUGUUGAUCUACAGCGUUGUGAUGUUUGUGAUUAUUGCUGCACAGGUUCUAGCUAUGGGAAUGUUUUAUUGGAAACCUGAAAUGAUAACAGCACCUGUCAAAGAUUCGUUAAACUCUACAAUACAGUCAGAUUUUGCUGGGUUAAAUGGAACUAAUGUUGUAUCAAUAGGAUGGAAUUUUGUUAAUCAAAAGUUUCAAUGUUGUGGAAUAGACAACUAUUAUGAUUUCUCAGAAGCGACAAAUUGGGUGAAAAAUUUGUCAAGUGGAGCACUAGUGACACCACUCAGCUGCUGUAAAACGUUACCUUCUUCUGCUGAUCUUUCAUGUGCUCAGAGUCCUUUAUCAACAAGCACCAACAAUUAUAAUACGGGUUGUUUUGAUGAAAUAUGGGAUCUUGCUCUUGGCAAUGUCGCAAUCACAGCAUCAAUAAUAUCAGUAUGUUUAGUUAUGCAGAUUAUAUUUUUCCUUGUUGCUUUAUGUAUGUAUUCAGACAACAGCCAAAACAAAGUCAAACCGAAAGGAUGAUACUGUGACUCGAACUGACUUAUAUAGAAGCAAUUGAUUCGCUUAUUAUAAUAUAUAAUUGACUAAUGCUAAAGCAUUAUAUGCAGCGGAUGAAAACUGGGUU